AUGGCUUCUACACCAGUCGACGCCGCAAAUGGCCACCCGGCCCAUCACAAGCAGCUCGAGCAGCUCCUUCAUACCCCAGACCGCCGACCUUCACCUCUUCCCACACAUUUGAGCACCCCGGGCUCGGGAAGCUCAACACCUCGGAUAAUCCCCCAGGAAGGCUCGGGCGGUUCCGGCUAUGUUGCUCCUGUAUUCGAGGGCAAGGCACAGCAGAUGGAGGCCGUCAUGGACGGUGUCGAGGAGAAGGGCUUCAUGCCCCCAGAGCUCGUAGAGUCAGAAACCAAGUGGUUCUACAACGAGCUGGGCAUUGACGACAUGUACUUUGCUACCGAGACGGUAGAAGCAAUCGUCAGCCAUAUCCACUCGCUCUACGCCGCAAAGGUCGCCGCAUACGCCAGAGACGACAAGCGCCUUGAGAUCCGGCUCGACAAGGAAGCCGCUGACCACGCCGUAUACAUCGAUACCAGCAGACCCGGUGUAUCCGUCCUCGGCGGCCCUCAAUACGAGCAACGUUUGGGCAAGAAGUACCUGGCUGUAUCCAAGCCUGGCCUUGCAUACCGUGUCGAGAGCUUCCGCUCCGAAAGCCCACUACCAGGAAGCGAAGACCAGCAAUUGCGAUGCUACUUCGUCUACCAAUGCGACUUUGUCGACCCCAACCCCAGCGAGACCGAGACCAACAUCGAGAAGAUUGGUGACAAGCGCUUCCUCCAGAAGGCGACCAAAAACACCAAGGAGGUGUACCAGCAAAUCCUCCAAGUCGCUGUAGAGCGUACGGGCCCAGUCAUUGACCACUUCGACAUCGAAGGUUCAAGAGACAAGCGUCUAGUCGUCGGCUUUAAGCGCGGAAGUGCAUUGGGUCUUUUCAGUGCCUUGAGUGAUCUGUACCAUUACUACGGUCUGACCACUUCGCGAAAGUACAUCGAGCAGUUCUCCAACGGCUACACCGUCAUGUCUCUCUACUUGCGCCCGCUUCCAGGAGCUGCCGGUGCCAAGUACCCACCAAUCGAAGCCUCAAUCCACCAGAUCACUAAGGAGGUCUCCCUGCUCUACUGUCUUCCCCAGAACAAGUUCCAGACGCUCUUCGCUACAGGCAGACUGAGUCUACAAGAGACCAUCUACGCGCACUGCGUGUGGGUCUUCAUCACUCACUUCCUCAACCGACUUGGAAGCGAAUACACUGCUCUGUCGGCGAUUCUGGACCCAGAAAACAGCGUACACGCCGAGUUGCUUUCUAAGCUGAAGCGCCGCUUACGUGCUGAGACCUUUACUGCUGACUACAUUUACGAGAUCAUCAUGACCUACCCAGAACUGGUUCACACCUUGUAUCUGCCAUUCGCCAAAACCCACUACGUCCAGACUAGGGGUCAGGAGGACGACUUCCUGCCGACUCUGAGUUAUCUCCGUCUUCAGGUUGAUAAGGUCCAGACCGACGCAGAGUUGACCGACACCAUCAACAAGGCUGUUGCCAACGACCACCACGAGAUGGUCAUGACCGCCUUCCGUGUCUUCAACCAGUCGGUGCUGAAGACAAACUUCUACACCCCUACCAAGGUCGCCAUCAGCUUCCGUCUGAACCCCACCUUCCUCCCAUCCACAGAAUACCCUCAGCCGCUAUAUGGAAUGUUCCUUGUCAUUGGCUCUGAGUUCCGUGGUUUCCAUCUCCGCUUCCGUGACAUUGCUCGUGGUGGUAUCCGUAUUGUCAAAUCCAGGAGCCAGGAAGCCUACUCCAUUAAUGCGCGCUCCAUGUUCGACGAGAACUACAACCUCGCAAACACGCAGCAACGUAAGAACAAGGACAUUCCAGAGGGUGGCUCCAAGGGUGUCGUACUCCUUGACUUCAAGCACCAGGAUAAGGCCCAGGGCGCUUUUGAGAAGUACAUUGACAGUAUUCUUGAUCUACUCUUGCCUCCUACCAGUCCUGGUAUCAAGGAUCCUAUCGUCGAUCUCCACGGCAAGGAAGAGAUCCUCUUCAUGGGUCCAGACGAGAACACUGCUGAUCUCGUCGACUGGGCCACUGAGCAUGCACGCAACCGUGGCGCGCCAUGGUGGAAGUCUUUCUUCACUGGAAAGAGCCCGAAGUUGGGUGGUAUCCCUCACGACCGAUAUGGCAUGACGACAUUGUCUGUCCGCGAGUACGUCUUGGGUAUCUACCGCAAGCUUAACCUCGAUCCCAGCAAGGUCCGGAAGCUGCAGACAGGUGGUCCAGAUGGUGACCUUGGCUCGAACGAGAUCUUGCUCAGCAACGAGAAAUAUAUUGCCAUUGUCGAUGGUUCCGGUGUAUUGGUCGACAACAACGGUAUCAAUCAUGAGGAGCUAAUACGCCUAGCCAAGGCGCGCAAGAUGAUCAACGACUUUGAUGCUUCGAAGCUUUCGCCGGAGGGCUACCGCAUUUUGGUCGACGACACCAACAAGCGACUACCAAAUGGAGACCUUGUUUACAACGGCACAACCUUCCGGAACACCUUCCAUCUUCGCAGUGAUAUGCACUACGACUCCUUCGUUCCUUGUGGUGGUCGACCUGAGUCUAUCGAUCUGUCAACCGCCAACAAGCUCAUUGUCGACGGCAAAUCAGUAAUUCCGUACAUUGUGGAAGGUGCCAACCUGUUCAUCACGCAAGAUGCUAAGCUCCGUCUCGAGAAGGCCGGUUGCAUCCUAUACAAGGAUGCUUCAGCCAACAAGGGUGGUGUUACUUCUUCCUCGCUUGAGGUUCUUGCAUCGCUUGCAUUCGACGACGAGAGCUUCCUCAAGCACAUGUGUGUCGGCGAAGACGGUCAGGCUCCAGAGUUCUAUAACAACUACGUUCGUCAAGUGCAAAAGACUAUCCAGAACAACGCACGUCUAGAGUUCGAGGCUAUCUGGAGAGAGCACCAGAACACUGGUCAGCCUCGUAGUGUCCUUAGUGACACGCUCAGUAAUGCGAUCACGAAGCUGGACGAGGAAUUGCAAAACACUGAGCUGUGGAACAACGUCGAGUUCAGGGAGUCGGUCCUUAAGGAGGCGUUGCCGAACAUCUUGCUUGAGAAGAUUGGUCUAGACAAGAUUGUUAAGAGGGUACCUGAAAACUAUCUACGUGCCAUAUUUGGAAGCUACCUCGCCAGUCGCUUCGUUUACGAGUACGGUGUAUCGGCUAGUCAAUUCGCUUUCUUUGACUUCAUGAACAAGCGUAUGGCGAAGGGCAGCAAACCAGCUGCUCACUAG